ACAUCUUUUACAUCGCAUAGCACAUCGUCUUUGAUAGAAAAUGGCCUCUAUAGCGCCUGCGACUGUGUUUACAUUAUGUGUGGUGUUUUUCAGUGUUAUAUGGAAAGGACAGGCACAGUAUGCGCCUAUAUCAUCAGAUGAAAUUGAUAAUGAUGAUGCGGCACUCAAUGAUGGUGAUGCGACAUUCAGUGAUGAUGAUGCGACACUCAAUGAUGAGGAAGCAUAUCUGAGUGACAAUGGAGUUAAAACGGACGAAAAAAUAUUGUACUUGCGGUUUCCUGUCCGACCGAUAGUUAAACUGAAAAGUAAGGAGAAAAUUCCUCCGCCUACGCCAGGGGGAAAAGCUGUGGAUUCGCAAGGGGAACAAGAGCAAUAUAUGGGAGGACAGGAUUCUGCCUCAAACGAGGAUUUUGCUUCGGGAGAGGAUUCUGCUUCAUACGAGGAUUUUGCUUCAGACGACGAUUUUGCUUCAGUCGAGGAUUAUGCAUCGGAGGAGAAUUUAUCUUCAGAAGAAGAAUUUCCUUCAAGAAAGAAGCACCUCGUUUCAGAUGAAAUGAACUCCGAAGAGGAUUUUGCUCCAGAAAGAACAAAUGAUAAGUCAUUCUUAUCGAAGAAAGGGGUGUGGUGGAAUAGAAUGGGGGAAAACAGAAUGGGAGGAAAUAGAAGAUGGGGAAACAGAAUGGGAGGAAAUAGAAGAUGGGGAAACAGAAUGCAGGGAAAUAGAAGAUGGAGAAACAGAAUAUGGGGAGACAGAAGAUGGGGAAACAGAAUGUGGGUAAAUAGAAGAUGGGGAAACAGAAUGCGGGGAAAUAGAAGAUGGGGAAACAGAAUGCGGGGAAAUAGAAGACUGGGAAACAGAAUGUGGGUAGAUGGAGAAGGCAGGAAAUGGGUAAUCAGAAUAGUGGGAAAGGGAGGAGAUAAACGACGAGGAAACGAAAUGGUGAGCGAAGAGGGAGAUACAAGUUGGGAAAACAGGAUGGAUGGAGAAGAGAGAGAUCAAACUAGGGGAAAUAGAAGAUGGGGAAGUAGAUGGUGGGGAACUAGAAGAAGGGGAAAUAGAAUGAGGGGAGAGAGGGGAGGUAGAAGGUGGGGAAAUAGAAUGGGGGGAGAGAGGGAAGGUAGAAGGUGGAAAAUCAGAAUAGGGGGAAAGGGAGGAGAUAAACGACGAGGGAAUGAAAUGGAGAGCGAAGAGGGAGAUACAAGUUGGGAAAACAGAAUGGAUGGAGAAGAGAGAGAUCAAAAUAGGAGAAAUAGAAGAUGGGGAAGCAGAUGGUGGGGAACUAGAAGAAGGGGAAAUAGAAGGCGGGGAAAUAGAAUGGGGGGAGAGAGGGGAGGUAGAAAGUGGAAAAUCAGAAUAGGGGGAAAGGGAGGAGAUAAACGACGAGGGAAUGAAAUGGAGAGCGAGGAAGGAGAUACAAGUUGGGAAAACAGAAGGGAUGGAGAAGAGGGAGAUCAAACAAGAAGAAACAGAAUGGGGGGAAAUAGAAGAUGGGGAGGAAGAAGGUGGGGAAAGAGAAGAUGGGGAAAGCGAAGGCAAGGAAAUAGAGGCCGGGGGAAUAGAAUGGAGGGAGAGGGUGGAGGAAGAAAGUGGAAAAUCAGAAUAGAGGGAAAGGGGGAAGAUGAAAUAUCAGGAAACGAAAUGGAGGGAGAGGAAGGAGAUACAAGUUGGGAAAACAGAAUGGAUGGGGAAGAGGGAGAUCAAAAUUGGAGAAACAGAAUGGGGAGAAAUAGAAGAUGGGGAAGUAGAAGGUGGGGAAACAGAAUGUGGGGAGAUGGAAGAUGGAGAAACAGAAUGUGGGGAAAUGGUAGAUGGGGAAACAGAAUGUGGGGAAAUGGUAGAUGGGGAAACAGAAUUUGGGGGAGGAGAAUAUGCCCUUGCGAGGACAAUUGA